UUACAUUAAACGCCCGGAUAACAAAAUGGUCGCCGGAAAAGCUGGUAAGGACACCGGAAAGAUAAAAGCGAAAGCCAUCUCCCGAUCGGCCCGCUCCGGACUGCAGUUCCCGGUUGGACGAAUUCAUCGUCACCUGAAGCACAACAGCACUAGUCACGGUAGGAUCGGAGCCACUUCCGCAGUUUAUGCCGCCGCAAUCCUGGAAUACCUGACCGCCGAGGUUCUCGAACUGGCAGGUAAUGCUUCCAAAGAUCUACGGGUAAAACGAAUUACCCCGCGGCAUUUGCAGCUGGCCAUUCGAGGCGACGAGGAGCUUGAUAGUCUGAUCAAGGCAACAAUUGCCGGCGGGGGUGUCAUACCGCAUAUCAAUAAGGCUCUGCUAGCGAAGAAGGAUGGAUUGGAGUAA